AUACGUUAUUAUUUAGCAAUUGAAUACCAUAUUACACAUGUUACAGGUGGAUGAACACAUAUACCAACACAGUGGAGGAAAUCAAACAUGGCUAUUAACAGUUUAUUCUUACUUUUGUUUUGUGCAAGUUUAUCAGUCGCACAACGAUACGAACCAACAUGGGAAUCUCUCGAAAGCAGACCACUUCCGUCAUGGUUUGAUGAAGCUAAGCUCGGUAUUUUUAUUCACUGGGGAGUGUUUUCCGUCCCUAGUUAUAGUGCAGUUUGGUUCUGGAAUUAUUGGAAAAAUGGACAUAAAGAUAUUAACAGUUUUAUGAAACGUAACUAUCGACCUGGUUUUACAUAUGCUGACUUUGCAGCAGAUUUCAAAACAGAGUUCUAUGAUCCAAAACGGUGGGCUGCUAUAUUACAGGCCUCCGGGGCUAAAUAUGUUGUUCUAGUUUCGAAACAUCACGAGGGCUUUACAAAUUGGCCGUCAAAUUAUUCAUGGAACUGGAAUUCUUACGACACUGGACCGCAUAGAGAUCUCGUCGGUGAACUAGCUACUGCGGUUCGGGAGACAACAGAUCUUCGAUUUGGUCUCUAUCAUUCUCUGUUUGAAUGGUUUAAUCCGCUGUUUCUGAAGGACAAAGAAAAUAAUUUUACAACACAAGAUUUUGUGAAAAUGAAAUCAAUGCCAGAACUAUAUGAACUUGUGAAUCGAUAUAAACCGGAAGUAAUUUGGUCAGAUGGCUCCGGCAAUGCGCCAGAUAGUUACUGGAUGUCUAAGGAAUUUAUAGCUUGGCUCUACAAUGACAGUCCUGUCAAGGAUACUGUUGUCGUCAAUGAUAGAUGGGGUCGUGGCGAUAUUUGCCGCCAUGGGGGAUAUCUUACGUGCAAUGAUAGGUAUAAUCCAAAAGCUCUGCAGAACAGAAAAUUUGAAAACCCAAUGACGAUAGACAAAAACCACUGGGGAUUCCGAAGAGAAGCAAACAUAGAAGACUUUUAUACGUCCCGAGAACUGAUUUCUACAUUUGCACAAACUGUAAGCUGCGGAGGUAAUAUGCUUAUGAACGUCGGACCAACUAGCUAUGGAACAUUCCAACCAAUCUAUGAAGAAAGACUUCUUCAAUUUGGAAAAUGGAUGAAAAUAAACGAGGAAGCAAUAUAUAGUUCAAGGCCAUGGACAACACAAAAAGACAACGCCACGAAUGCAUGGUAUACAAUGAAGAAAUCGACGAGCGGAACCAACGUUUAUGCCAUUUUACUAGAUUGGCCUGAUAAAAACUAUUUGUAUUUGAAAGCGCCUGUGGCCAGUAGCAGCACUUCGAUAACGAUGCUAGGAUAUUCAGGAUAUUUUAGUUACUCAGUAGUGCAACCCUCCGGGAUUAAUAUAACAUUACCAGUCAUAUCAUUCUCAAAGAUACCAAGUACUGAUGCGUGGGUUUUUAAAUUGACUGAUUUAAAGAACUAAUUGACUCCAUUGUAAUAAUGUAAUCAGGUGCCUAUUUCAAUGACACUAAAGAGCCAUUUGAGGGUAACUGAAAUGACAAUGUUUUGGUAGAUUCUUUAGUGUAAACAAUGUCUGACAUCUUUCAUAUUUUUUUAGUCAUUCUAUUUAUACAAGGUAAGAGUAGUAAUGUCAUAAUAGUCGAAGACAUAACAAGAUGUAAUACUUUUAGAAUAAUUGUCAAUAAAACUGUUUAACUGU